AUGAGGGGAAGGAAUUGUUCACUCUUGCCGUAUUUCAAUGUGCCAGUUUACCAGUUCUUCACAGCUGAAGAUUUCGAUGCUCGUCUGGCAGAGGAGGAAAGCGAAGUUCAGCAAUAUCUCGAUAAACAGCAAAAUGUUUGUGAGCAUUUAUUCACAUUUUUUACGCCGACGAGGUUCAUAUCAUCUCAGAUUCCUGUCCCCGACACCCCUCGUCAUCAUUACGCGACUUGUGGCGCUCGCCAUGCCGACAAUGCCGAUGAUCUCAGCUCGUUCCGCGCCUUCGGUGGAGUUUUCUUCAGGAAACGCCUCCAACUGCGAAAGGCAAAGGAGUUCACGCGGCGGGAUAGUAAAGAACGACAUCGAACACGACGGCAUGAUAUGCUCGACCCUUAUGUUCACCAACGAGUAGCUGUUCUUUUUGGUUCGUUCUCUCCGAAAUCGCCGAACGCUCCGUAUUUCUGUGUUCGUCCUUGGGUGGUCAAUAUGGAGUUCUACGGAUCGCACGACAUGACUCUUGGAGAGUUUCUCACAACGUUGUCACCUAGAUCGUGCUUCAACAAAUCAUACGAGUGCCCGUCAUCAAACUGUGAGGUUCCUAUGCUGGAUCACUCUCGGAAGCUAGUUUACGGGCGUGUUUGCGUUGAAGUUACCACUCAGAUUGUUGUCAGUGGUUCAGAGGAAUCGUCCAUUGCCAACGCAUCCCCUUCACAGAUUUUUGCAUGGAAUUAUUGUGACAGGUCGAAUUACUUUUUCUAUUUGUUCCAUGAAGAAAUGAAUUGUUGCUCUUCCAGUUGCAAACUUUCAUCUCCUGUGGUGCCAAUGAAUACAUCUGUUUGGCAUUUGUCAUUCGGAAAAUUUCUCGAUUACAUUGCUUACACAGGAUUUUCGAAGGGUGAUGUGUCGUCUCCCGUACGGCAAGACUGUUCGCAUUGCUUCUUCCACGAACAUACCCAUUUUUAUUCACAAGGGAAUUAUGUUGCUAGUUUCAAAGUUUCUUCUGUUCGCCCUUACGAUGUCCAGUUUUCUCCUGUUCAAUGUCGUGUUGUUCCGAACCAGUAUAGUAAACAAGCUCUUAUGGAUGGUGUUACUAGAAUGGCUUCAUUAGCCGAUGAUAUCGUUCGUACAGCGGAAGAUCGGCUGCGCCUUUUCACGCAACACGACCACUAUAGCCAGUAUGCUGGUACUUUCCAUACCGUACUUCGUCAAGUGGUUGACAGGACUAUCACCUUGAUAGGAGAAAAACGCAAAUAUGCAGGAGAGCUGGCCAACGUCGAUCGUGCUAUCAUCAAUUCAAAUGACAUAUACGCCGUCAAGGCUAACGAAGCUCUGAUGUAUAUUCGUGAAGCUAUUUAUCAACUCAUAACGACAUGGAACGAUCAGAGCACGGUGCUUGCCGCAACAGUUCGCGCUGUAAAGAAGAACGCUGAGGAGAAUGGUGUCGUUUCUGAAUCUAACGAUAUCGGUCUGGAACGAAUAGACGAUCCAUUCCCAUCGUAUUUACAUCUUGGGCUCAAACUUCAACCGAGAGUUGGUGUUGUUGUUCGUGACAUCAUGGACUCACGAGGGAAUUACAAGCCCGAUAUAGGCAGUAUAAUUGCGUAUGCGCUUUCUUCAGCGGAUUAUGAGGAGAAUCGCCGGAAGCAGCGUGAUGCUGCCAAGGGAGAACAGCCUCCACUCAACCUCAAUUCAAACAGCAUAGCAUCAGACGAACAGGCGUUGGCCGCUGAACAUCUUGAGAUAGAGUUCCAGGAUAAUCAGGCUUCUUAUUACGUCAAAGUGCGUUUUCCAUCAGGGCACAUCAUCACUAAGCAGUCAUCGACGGACAGGUCAUAUUCAAGUUAA